GUAAUCAGUUCAAUUUAGUGUUGAAGCGAGUGGCUCGGGAGUAGCAGUACACCGCCAGAUGCAGAAGCAAGAGAUGGCUGAUAUUAAGAAGGAAGAGCAAUAUGUUUUCUACGGUGGAUCGACGAGUGAAAGUGUCGAAGCUGGGUGUAGCUCGUUGGGAGAACUUAUCAUCAAGCGGUUGCGCGAGAAUGGCGAUGAUGUUGCGUUUAUUGAUGGCCUCACUGACGAAUCUAUCACCUAUGGAGAUUUGUUGGAGCAGUCGGUUCGACUGGCGAACCGCUUCCAUAGGAUCGGAAUAAAGAAAAAUAUGUUGAUUGCUAUCAUUUGUGAGAACAGACUAGAAUUGGCGCUUAUAGCUUUCGCUGCAACCUAUAUGAAUGCAAUACCGAUCUUGCUGAACCCCUCGUAUACGUCGACUGAGCUGAAACAUGUUCUUCAGUUGACUCAACCACGCGCCGUUUUCGUCUCUCCCAUCGCUAUAAAAACAUUACUUUCAAUAGCGGACAAUAUCCCUUCGAUUCGGAUGAUCACAUUGCUCGGUUCGAAGGAACGGCCACAUAAACGCGUAUCUUUGUUCGGUGAACUGUUUGAUAGAAAUAAGCUGAAAAGUGCACGAUCUUUCAGGCCGCAGCCAGUAAACUUGAAAGAGCAGGUUGCUCUAAUGGUAAUGUCUUCCGGAACCACAGGCCUUCCAAAAGCAGUUCAAUUAACCCACUACAAUCUCAUGGCCGUACUAGCUUACAUUCGUGAUGAUGCCAAGAGUUUCUCUCUUCCUACGACAUUAUUAGGACUUACACUGCUACCAUAUUUUCACAUCUAUGGCUAUAUGAUUCUACUAAGCGCAUGCUGCAAUAAACGCCCGAUCGUAUCACUGCCAAAAUUCGAACCCAAACUAUUUCUAUCAACGAUUGAAAAAUACAAAAUUGCCACUGCUGCCUUAGUUCCACCACUUUUAGUCUUCCUUGCGAAGCAUCCUCUUGUGGACAAGUACGAUAUCAGUUCGUUGGUGGCUGUUGCCUGCGGAGCGGCACCUUUGAGCAAGGAGGUAGAAGAAAUGGUUCACAAGAGAUUACCAAGCUUGAUGCUGAUCCGCGUUGGGUAUGGCAUGAGUGAAACGUCACUGGGAGUUCUUACCAGAAACUUCGGAAAAUCCGGUAGUGUCGGUAAGGUGAACCGAAUGUUCUGGGUUAAGAUCGUGGAUCCAGAUACGGGCAAGACCUUGGGUCCAAAUCAGGUUGGAGAAAUCUGCGCCAAGGGACCAAUGAUCAUGAAGGGAUAUCUCAAGAAUGACGAUGAAACGCGUUCCAUAAUCGAUAAGGACGGAUGGCUACAUACAGGGGACACGGGCUAUUUCGACGAGGAAGAAGAUUUCUACAUCGUUGAUCGUAUCAAAGAUCUGAUCAAAUACCGAGGUUUCCAGGUACCACCGGCGGAGGUCGAAGCGGUGCUGCUUACCAAUUCGAAAAUCAAGGAUGCUGCGGUAAUCGGUCUACCGGACGAGGUAAGCGGGGAGGUACCGAUGGCAUUCGUGGUGGCCCAGCCGGGGGUGGAGUUGACCGAGACUGAAGUUAUCAGUUGGGUAGCAAGUCAUUUGUCGAAAGAAAAACAGCUUCACGGGGGUGUGCAAAUGAUUGCGGAGAUACCGAAAACGGCUAGUGGUAAAAUUUUGCGACGUGAAUUGCGCGCGUUGAUAACGAAGUCAAAAUUGUAAGAUGUUCUUAUCUUUUAUGGCUUAUUUAGGGGGGUUGAUAAGCAAUAUAAUGGGUGUUUUUGUUAGAUAAAGGUAGAAAAAGUAGGAAUAAUAAAUUGUUUUGAAAUUA